AUGUACAAACCAAGUCAUCUCCGAGCAAGACCGGUUCCUGGUGUGUACCCCGAAGACACUAAGGUGCGCAGGAAUAUUCCGGAGGACCCAUUGCUCACUCUGCCAAGAAUAGACAAACGUCCACCAGAGUUCAGACCGACAAAACGGAUCACUCCUGAGCGUCUUAAGGUUCUCAACAUCAAUAUGGACAGCUUCCUGAGCAAAGAGGAGGAGAAGCUUUUCACCCAAGUCAUGAUGAAUAAUGAGGAUGUCUUCGCGUUUGAUGAAAGCGAGCGAGGUACAUUUAGAGAAGACUAUUUUUCCCCUUACAUCAUCCCGACGGUACCUCAUGAAGUAUGGAAGCAUGCAAAUAUUCCAAUCCCGCCUGGAAUCAGAGAACAAGUCAUCGAGAUGUUGCGGGACAAGAUCAAAGCAGGGGUGUAUGAGCCAAGCCAAUCAUCAUACCGAUCGCGCUGGUUCUGUGUGAUGAAAAAGAACGGCAAG